UCUGGGCGUGGAGUUGAAUCGUCGUGGAGUUCCAACCAAUCAACGAUGUCCUGGCCACGCUUGUCUGGCUGUGUGUAUAUAAAUUGAGUGCGGCAGCUCCGAGAACAGGCAAUACGCACAUUUGACGGGACGUAGAUCCAAUACAUCACGAAGCUGCAUGAAGGCAGAUCUAUGAAACUUUCGCCUGUACCGUCUCAGAAACGGAGAACAACCACGAAUUAGACAUCGGACAUCACUUUGAUACAACUGUCAAGAAUAACGGCAUCUUUUGACUUGACGCUGCCCUUCACGACUACAAGCUCCUUAACCAGAACAUGAACUUGAACUUGACCGAGCCUUAUCGGAACCUCAAGUCCCAGCUGCGAACCGAGACCGAUUUCUACCCAGCUUCGGCCGAAGACGUCGGCUCACUGAAGCUCGCUUCUCCAGAACUGGAGAGACUGAUCAUCCAAAACAGCAACGGUGUUAUUACCACUACACCGACCCCUGGCCAGUACUUCUACGCCCGGGGAAUCACCGAGGAACAGGAGGGUUUCGCUGAGGGUUUCGUAAAAGCUCUGGACGAACUCCACAAGAUGAACCAGAUGCCCCCUCCAAACGUUUCUAUAGGAGCCGGCGGUGUGACGACUUGCACUGCGGCCUCUAGUGUCUUCGGUGCUUCUCUGCAACCUGAACUUCCUGUAUACACAACACUGAACGCUUGUUCAUCGAACACUAACCUCACGUCUGCGUCCAACUAUCCUACAGCCACCAUCAGCUACUUGCCGCAUCACCAGUAUCAACAUCACCAAACAACGACCCACGGCUCGCAGCUAUUUCAGCAUUCCUUGCCUGGACAAGGGUUACAUCAGCAGCGGCUCAUGGCUCUGAAAGAGGAACCUCAAACCGUUCCUGAUACACAGAGCAGCGACGGGUCCCCGCCAAUGUCACCAAUCGACAUGGAAAACCAAGAGCGAAUUAAGGCAGAGCGCAAGAAAUUAAGGAACCGACUGGCAGCGACUAAAUGCAGGCGACGCAAACUUGAGCGUAUCUCCCGUCUGGAGGACAAAGUUAAAAUUCUCAAGUCGGACAAUGCCGGGCUCUCAAACACUGCUUCAGUGCUACGAGAACAAGUGGCUCAGCUCAAACAGAAAGUUAUGACACAUGUUAGCAGUGGUUGUCAACUCAUGUUAACGUCAAAGCUUAAGUCGUUUUAAACGGCCGACGGUGAAGGACAUUGCUUUGAACAAAACACUGGAAGAUAUGUUCAUGUUUUUUAGGCUAUUUGUUAAACAAAUAACGUUAGAGCACUGGAAUAUUGACUAUUUAGACCAACUCAUCUGCAUGUUUUCAUUUGAAAAUGAAAUGGUUUGUUUUUAAAAGCUGAUGUACAGAAAAUGGUUCAUUCAUUUUUUUAUCGAUCGUUAAAUGGUACUUUUGGCUGCAAUGCACAGCUCAUUUUACAAAGUCAGCGCCCACCAUACAGUAUCACCAAUAAAGGAGGCGUUUUAUUGCUUUGUGUGUUUACAAAUGUAUUGUCGUUUGAUGCUACAUUCCAAGAAAUAAGUUAUUGUCUUAUGUCAGGUUGAUCCUGAAAAACUCGUUUUGUGUAAGUUUUUGUCUUUCUUUUUGUACAAAAUAUAUUUAAGUAAAAUACUUUGUGAAAUCA